AGCAACGACAGCAUAAUGCCAUUCAACGAUAAAAAGGGCAUGCAGAUAGCCUUGGAAGAGGCCAAAAAGGGGUACGAAGAAGGAGGCGUGCCUAUUGGAGGCGCUCUCAUCAGUGAAGAUGGCACUGUUUUAGGCAGGGGCCAUAAUAUGCGUUUCCAGAAGGAUCUGGCCAUCUUACACGGUGAGAUGUCUGUUUUGGAAAACGCCGGUCGUUUGAAGGGAAGCGUGUACAAGAAUUGCACCAUGUACACCACCUUGUCUCCCUGUCAUAUGUGCUCUGGAGCCUGUCUUAUGUAUGGAAUUAAGCGAGUGGUUUUGGGAGAAAAUGUGAACUUCGUGGGAGCCGAGGCUUUGCUCCGUUCAGAAGGCGUGGAAGUGGUGAAUUUGAACGACCCCGAAUGUAAGGCUUUGAUGAAGAAGUUCAUUGACGAAAGACCAGAAGACUGGUUUGAAGAUAUAGGCGAGUAGUCUACGACAUUUGGUUGAAGAACCUUAUUAUCUACAAUUAUGGCAUUAAUAUAAGCAUUAUCAGCAG